UGUCCCCGGAAGUGGCGUGGGCGCCAGGUCCUAGCAAAGGCGGAAGCAGAGCCGCUCCACCAUAGUCUUUUCUUCGCCGGUUCGCUGCCCAUGGCCGCCUACUCCUACCGCCCGGGCCCGGGCCCGGGCCCUGCUGCGGGCGCUGCGCUGCCGGACCAGAGCUUCCUGUGGAACGUCUUUCAGCGGGUUGAUAAAGACAGGAGUGGGGUGAUAUCAGACAACGAGCUUCAGCAAGCAUUGUCCAAUGGCACAUGGACUCCAUUUAAUCCAGUGACUGUGAGGUCAAUCAUUUCUAUGUUUGACCGAGAGAACAAAGCUGGCGUCAACUUCAGCGAGUUUACAGGUGUGUGGAAGUACAUCACGGAUUGGCAGAACGUCUUCCGUACCUACGACAGGGACAACUCGGGGAUGAUCGACAAGAACGAGCUCAAGCAAGCACUCUCAGGUUUUGGCUACCGGCUCUCUGACCAGUUCCAUGACAUCCUCAUCCGCAAGUUUGACAGACAAGGACGAGGGCAGAUUGCCUUUGAUGACUUCAUACAGGGCUGCAUAGUCCUGCAGAGGCUGACAGACAUAUUCAGACGCUACGACACAGAUCAGGAUGGCUGGAUCCAGGUAUCUUAUGAGCAGUAUCUCUCCAUGGUCUUCAGCAUCGUAUAAUGCAGGCCUCACGAACAGCAGCAUCAUGUACAAGAAGAUGGAAAAUGCCAAAUCCCUUACCUGUCAUGAAGUGGGACACAGACAGUUAGAUGCUGUUAUUCCUCAGGCUCUGUAAUUGAUAACUUGGGGACCAGCUGUACAUAUGUGAGUAACUGAUGAGUGCUCUUGCGUUGUCAUAGUAACUGCAUUGCUGUUGUAACAGACCUUGGGCUGUGGCUCAUUGUGCCAUGCGGCAAGAUGCAGUCAAGGCUCAGAUUUCUGCUUGGGAAAAUGCACUCCGUGCUUUUUUAGACAUCUUCAGUUCUGCAGUGGAAAUGCUUUUAUUAGCCAAUAGGAUUUAAAAAUAAUACAGAACUUGCACAGAGGCUUUUCAUGUGCCUUACUUUUUUAAAAAAAAAGAUUAUCAUGUUCCCUGAAAUAUGUAACAUGAGCAAUAAAGCGGUGGUACAGACUUG